GUAUAUUUACUGAUUGAUAAAGAUUGCCCUUUCCUCCUAAGAGACUUGCUUGCUUCUGAGCAGCUUUCAGUUGUCUUUGGACAAGCUGUGAUGAAUGUACUGAGGGUAUUCAUUGGAUCUCCAUAUGGUCUGAAUCUUCGUAAUGUUUCGUGGCAUGGGUUUGCAUCUCCACAAGAAAUUCCUGCAAAAUAUUGUGCUAUGCUGCUUUUUUUAACUGCAGGAUUGGGUCAGUUGUUACAGACUUAUCUUCUGCAAACCAAAUGCAUUUUAGUACAUCGACCUUAUGUGAUCUUCGCUAGCUUAGAGGAGCUUGAUGUAUUUCCAGAUCUUAAUCAUGAAAUGCUUUCCAUAGCUGAAGAGCUAAUAAAAGUGUCCAGUUUUGUAUUAAAAGCAAUGUUACCGUUUUGGGUGGCUGCUUUAACAGCUUUCAAGCAAAGCAGGUAUGCUGACUGUGUGAUUCUCUUACUUCCUCAGCUGGAAGCUGGACUUAGAUUGCUCUUCACUACAACUAAUAAAUGUCCAAAUCGAUUGCUAACAGCUGAGCCUUCUGCUCUCUACACCACUUUUGAUGAGGUGCUAGCAAAGCAUUUGGAUAAUGGAGAAGUCAACCAGCUUCCUGCAGUUCUUGAGGAACCUGCCAUGGAAUUUCUUUGGGAUUUCUUGAACCACCAGGAGGGUCCCCGUAUAAGAGAUCGUUUAAGCCAUGGAGAAGUCAAUCUAGAAGCAUUUCCCAGAGAAGCAGCUAAUCAGAUAGUUGCAUUUGCAAUUACUCUUCUCUGCAGAUUCUCAGAUGAGGAUGUGUUUGCUUUUAAGGAACACAUGGUCAUAAAACCACUGAUGAACUGUGCAAGUUCCUACAGUUCUCGAUUUCAUCCAGUUUCCCGACUAAAGAAACAGGUGCUGGAAUGUAUGAAGAGCAUUCACUUAUGGCCUGGAUUGCCAACAGUGCCUGAGGAACACAUUCAAACAAUUAAAGGGUUGGAAGGAAAUGCUGAAGCUAGUACUUUAAUUUCGAUGGUAUCUGAAAUUAUAUCUCAGUUGCAGCAAUAUAUUCCCCAGAAUUGCUAUUGUUCAGAAGAUCCAAUUAAUAGUGUCCUAACAGAGAGGCUAUUGACUGAGCUCUGUGAUACACAUAUUUGUACGCUUUAUUCUCCACGACCUGUUUUGGAAGUAGUGGUGGUACUCCGUAAAAUAAGCACACAGUGCCAUCAAGUGUCUGAACAAGUUAUUGCCAGCACUGAGCUGAGGUACAAGCAGUGGAUGAACAAGACACUACGUUCUCGCCAGAGGCAUAACUAUCUACGAAUGCUGAACAGCAUUAAGUAUUUGUCUCUGGUGUUGCGGCUCAUCUUAGUGUUGAUAACUCUGGAACUAGUCAACAUUCAAUUGGUUUGUGAGAAAAAUCCUUUUGAUUAUCAGCAGUAUCUAAAGUUUUUGAAGUCGGUUCUGCGGUAUACUGAGAACUUGGUGACAUACACAAGUCCUGAGAAAAACAAGUGGGAUGAGACCAUGGAGCUUACAAACAAGGCUUUGACAAAAAUAAGGACAAUCAGUGACAGAAAGCUAAUGUUAACGCAGCUAGCUACAUAA